CACUUGGAUGGGUACGCUUCCCUAAAAAAAACUUGGAUCGGCACGCGACUUCCUUCCUCACCCUCCCUCCCGGCGGCGGCGGCGACGGAGCCUAGUAACCGGCGGCGGCGACGGCGGCGGCAUCUCCCCGCAUCUGAAAGGAAUACUUCGAUUUGCCGAGGCGAGCUGUUCUUGUCUUCUCACGCCUCGUGGCGCGGCGUGGGUGAACUCGCGGAGGCCCCUCGAAGCAAACGCGCGGGGAGAUGUUUGCGACGGCGGCGCGGUGGGCGGCGAAGAAGGGGAAGCCCAAGAUGGCGCCGAUCGAGCUGACGACGGCGCCGGAGCAGGCGCAGUCCAUCACCCGCACCAUCUUCGACGUGGUCAAGGAGCACGGCCCCCUCACCAUCUCCGACGUUUGGGAGCACGUCAAGGAUGUAGGCCUGAGGGGUUUGACAAGCAAGAGGCAGAUGAAGAUCAUGCUGCGGUGGAUGAGGGAGAAGCAGAAGCUCAGGCUCAUCUGCGACCAUGACGGACCUCACAAACAGUUCCUCUACACGACAUGGUUCACCAACCCCAAUAAUGCGCCGCAGAGGCCCAGGAGGGAGCUCAGCAGGGAGAAUCCCAAGCCAUGACUGCACUCAUGUUGACUAAUUUAGGGCUUAUUUCCUGGAUAUGUAGACAAAGCUGUCAAUCAUAGCUGAAACACCGUGAACGAUGUCAGAUUGUGGAUUAUGCAAAAAUAAAUAACCCCAAACAUAUUUUUUCCCCCUGUACUUCUGUUUUCGCCAUCUUUUGUGCUUCUUCCUGAAACUGGUGUUGGUGUUCUGAAGAACUUUGGCCUCGGCCUUCUCCAAUUGAAAUGAAUGUGGUUUUAACUGCUA